CUUUUCUGUUGCGGGGUGUUGUGUUCAGUUCUCAACUCUGCAAGAAGCCAAGAGCACAUUUGAAUGAAAGAUCAUGACUGAAGAGAGGUUUGAUGUGAUGGUGGUUGGCUCCUGUAUGACUGACUUGGUGAGCCAGGCACCAAGACUACCAAAAGCUGGGGAAACCAUCCAUGGUCACAAGUUCUUCAUUGGCUUUGGAGGGAAGGGGGCCAACCAGUGCAUACAGGCUGCAAGACUGGGAGCCAAAACCGCAAUGGUCUGCAAGGUUGGUAAAGACUUCUUUGGAGACAAUUACAUUCAGAAUUUCAAAGACUAUGGUGUAAACACAGACUUUGUCGGGCAAGCAUCUGAUGCAGCCACAGGAGCUGCCUCAAUCAUUGUCAACGAUGCAGGUGAAAAUGCCAUUGUGAUCGUGGCUGGUGCCAACAUGCUGCUGGGCAGUGAGGAGCUGCACAAAGCUCUUCCAGCCAUCAGUCAUGCAAAGGUCCUGGUGUGCCAGCUGGAGAUCAGCCCGCAGACGUCCUUGCAGGCGCUACGCAUGGCUCAGGAGAACAAAGUAAAGACAAUAUUCAACCCAGCACCGGCCAUUCCUGACUUGGAUACAGAUUUCUACAGAGCCUCUGAUGUGUUUUGCUGUAAUGAGUCUGAGGCUGAGCUGCUGACUGGAUCCCCGGUCUCUAACGUGGAGGAAGCCCAUCGGGCCGGGCAGGAGCUGCUGAAGCGAGGCUGUGGCUCCGUCAUCAUCACGUUGGGACCCCAAGGCUGUGUGGUGGCACAGGGGUCAGCCUCAAUACAUGUUCAAACUACCUCAGUCAAAUCAGUGGACACCACGGGUGCUGGAGACAGCUUUAUUGGAGCGCUGGCAUUUUACAUGGCCCAUUAUCCCACAAUGCCUCUGGAGGAGAUGGCGUGCAGAGCCAAUCAGGUGGCAGGAGUGAGCGUGCAGACUGUUGGCACGCAGACAUCGUACCCCUUGAAAAAGCACCUGCCAGCUGAACUGUUCUGAGAGCAGCCAGUAAACACCAGUGAUAAUGUAACAAGUCUGAAAUGGACCUGUUUGGAAUUUUUUUUUUUUAUAUAAAGCCGAUUCAUUUUACUUUCAAAAGUGCAUGUGUGAUGUUGGUUAGUCUACUUACAAAAGAGAAACUCAAUAGUUUUAAACCGUUUAAUAAUUGAUUAACAUCUUAACACAUAGCUUGUAAUACACAAAGUCGAUUAAAUGUAUUUAAUUUGUCCAAAUAGUUCAUAUUUCACAAACAGCUGGAUUCAGGUACUUGGCUUACGUGUAAAGGUCCUAAAAACCUUAUUGAACUGUUAUCAAUGAUACUGCAUAGCCCAGGUUAAUGGCAUCACUUUUACACACGAGUUGUAGUUCCUUCUUGAAGAUGUUCAGCCAGGCUUGCGUCACUGGUGAAGUGGGGGGGUGGAGGCCUUUUGACAGAUCCCAUAGGAGACCCUCUGUUCACACGAGAUCCAGCAGAACAGAAAUGUGGACUGAGGAAAAAUGUUGUGUAAUCCAUGUCAAUAAAAAAAAGUCAGUUUAAAUCGA